UACAGCCCAAGGCGGAAGCGGCGCCGGCGCGGAACCCGCUCUGCCGCAGCGAUGGCUGCCGGUGUCCCCUGCGCGCUGGUUACCAGCUGCUCCGCCACCUUCACCGGGGACCGGCUGGUGCAACAUAUCCUUGGGACAGAAGAUGCUGUUGUGGAAGCGACUUCCAGCGAUGCUGUGAGGUUUUACCCCUGGACCAUCGAUAACAAGUACUAUUCCGCAGAGGUCAACCUGUGUGUGGUGCCGAGCAGGUUCCUGGUCACUGCCGAGAUUGCCGAGUCGGUCCAGGCAUUUGUAGUUUACUUUGACAGCACACAGAAAUCAGGUCUUGACAGUGUCUCCUCAUGGCUUCCUCUGGCAGAAACAUGGCUACCUGAGGUGAUGAUUCUGGUCUGUGAUAGAGUGUGUGAAGAUGGAAUAAACCGACAACAGGCUCAAGAGUGGUGCAUCAAACAUGGCUUCGAGCUGGUGGAGCUCAACCCAGAGGAGCUGCCUGAGGAGGACGAUGACUUCCCUGAAUCUACAGGUGUGAAGCGGAUUGUACAAGCAUUGAAUGCCAAUGUCUGGUCCAAUGUCGUGAUGAAGAAUGACAGGAGCCAGGGCUUCAGCCUGCUCAACUCACUGGCUGGAGCAAACCGCAGCAUUGGAUCAGCAGAGAGCUGUCACUCUGAGCAGCAGGAGCCAUCGCCAACAGCUGAGAGGACAGAAUCCCUCCCUGGCCAUCGCAGUGGUGCGUGUGGUUCAGCAGGCGCACAGGUUGAUAGCAUUGUCGACCCCAUGUUAGACCUGGAUAUUCAAGAAUUAGCCAGUCUUACCACCGGAGGAGGGGAUCUGGAGAACUUCGAGAGACUCUUUUCAAAGUUAAAAGAAAUGAAAGACAAGGCUGCGACACUGCCUCACGAGCAAAGAAAGCUGCAUGCAGAAAAGGUGGCCAAAGCCUUCUGGAUGGCAAUAGGAGGAGACCGAGAUGAGAUCGAGGGCCUUUCUUCAGACGACGACAACGAGCACUAAGUUCUUCCUGCUAGGUCUGACUGACACCGGUGCCAGCACUGUGCACCCCAAGUGCUUCCCUUCUCGGGGGUUUCUGUUCUGCCAAGAUUGCCAUUAGCACACUGGCCACUUGACUGGUUUUUUGGGUUCCCUUACCUGAGCUUUUAGAAAUCACUAGGGAGAAAUCUUUGUUCCUGCCGCAUAAGGGACUGAGGAGUGAAAUGAUUGUGGAAACCCUUCAGAUCUACAUUCUUCGUUCUGAGAACCUGGUAAAAUGAGUCUCAGAGGUCUGUGCUACUGGAGAGCCAAGUGUUGGAGCACCUGGGAUCCAGCAGCUGAGGGACUGAGCCAGCUUGGGCUCCACAGGGAGGCCUGCUUCUGUGUUAGAUUGCCCUUUCACACUGCAGGUCGGGAGCUUGUGUUUCUGCUGUGUACCAUUGCUGGUCCCCGCCCAGAGCACAGCUCUGAACUAAGGUGAUGUUGUAGACAAGAAAGGCAGCUGUAGAACUAGGGUGUGUCUGGGGGCUGGGGAACAGGUGGCUCAUGGGUUUCUCUCUUAGUAAGUCCUUAUAACAUUUUCAAGUUCUGUGUCUGAGUUCCUGCAACAAAGAAGUAAAAGUCAGGUGUGUGUCUGUAAGAAACAGAGGCACGGGUUUCCUCCUCUGAGAGUGUAAACUCCCCUCCCAGCAGCUGGGCAAGGGCCCUGGGUACAGUCAUGUGUGGACAAAGGAGCAGCAGUGCUGGUUCUGAGCACACUGCUGACACCAUGCUCUCCCUGGCCACUCGAGGUUUCAGAGCAAGCGCCCCUUCUUUCUGCUUGCCGUCAAAGCACCAGUACCAAGCAGUGCGAGGAUAGGUGAGCCUUCAGCAGCCAGGCCCUGAGUCACCAUCAUGGUUUACUUCCAGGACUGUUGGUUCCACCACACUCCAGGGCCCAGUCCCACGGAAACCCUGUUCUUCCUCCUGUGUUGUGUUUAAGUGGGUCAGCCCCAGGGGAACACAAAGCAAAGUUUUAAAGGAAGAGACGGGGGGGGGGGGAGGUCUAAAGGUGCUUAUUCUAUCAUCACAGACACGUCUGUGAGGCAGGCAUGAAUCUCCUUCAUGGUCGUCAGUUUCUGAGCAUGUGGGGCCAUGAGAGAGGGCAUUCAUCGUGGGCUGAGAGCUGGUCCUGACCUAGUGUCACACAUGAGUUAGGUCAUGACCAGAAACAAGAUGCACCUGCUUGGGCCACUUACAGGACCUGAAACAUGCUUGGCCAGGCCAGAACCAACACAGGGAGGAGACAUGGUCCUGGUGACAGUAGUAUUCUGGAAACAGUGGGUGCUGGUUUGCUCCGGGUACCCUGUGCUCCCAUCCCCCACACUCUGAUCUUAGAAUCUUUGAGUUGGGUUUGCCACUACCCUUUCAGGGGGGCUAAUACUUUAAGGUGAGUGCAUUAACCAUUGGUUAAGAAGGGAAAUUAGGGAAGUUGGCUGUGGGUUGCCAGAAAGGUAGAACAUGUUUUUCUUAAAAUGUGGAAGAUUUUAGAAAAUAUAUUAGGUCACAUGAUUAGGAAAAAAUAGACAAGAAAAGGCUGUGGACUUGAUUUUGCUGAAUAAACAAAACCAGGUAAUUAAAAGAAGAUUUAUUUAUAAAGUC